UGGCUCCUAUGACCCACAGAAGAUCCAAGGACAAAAGUCUGGACAUCCCCAACAAGCUCAGGAAGUUGGUUGUGGAGAAAGUCAGAAGAGAGAGGAUUAAUCACAGCAUCGAGCAGCUCAAAGUUCUACUGAACCUGGAGGAGCAGGAGCCCUCAGGGGCCCCGUGCAGGCUGGAGAAGGCGGACGUGCUGGAGAUGGCCGUGUGCUUCCUGCGGCAGAGAGCCAUCGCGUCUGCGGUGCCCAGUUACUCUCAGGGCUUCUCCCAGUGUCUCCAGGAGACACUGCGGCAUCUGUCCCUCCACGCGCCCCUGCAGCACGCGCAGAGGGAGGAGAUCAAGCGCUUCUACGUGGUCCAGAGAGCUGCUCUGCACAGACACAUCGCAGACGAGCACAGCACAAACAAACAGGCGCUGUGGAGGCCCUGGUGA